AACGCCGUUACGACCUCCAUUCGCUCCUUCACUUCUGGCCAUUCCCGUUCUCAACCGCGUGUUUUCCCUUUGGCGACAUCGACCGGGGGUAAUAGACACGCAGCGCUGCGGCGGCGCAAGACACUCAGUUCCAACCAGCCAUUAUGGCGCCGCUGCCUAUCAAGUUCACGGAGCAGCUGCAGCUCACUGCGGUGGGCAUCGAGCCGGCAUCAAUAGGCUUCAACUCAUGUACCCUCGAAUCAGAUCACUUCGUCUGCGUGAGGCAGAAGGUCAACGAGGCUGCCUCACCCGAGGUCAUCAUCGUCAACCUCAAGAAUGGCAACUCUGUCAUGCGGCGGCCGAUCAAGGCCGACAGCGCCAUCAUGCAUUGGAAUAAGGAGAUUAUUGCGCUGAAGGCUAGUGGAAAGACACUCCAGAUCUUCGACUUGGCGCAAAAGGCCAAAAUCAAGAGCACAACCAUGACAGAGGAUGUCGUGUUCUGGAAAUGGUUCAGCGACACCACGCUGGGAUUAGUGACGGAUACCAGCGUUUAUCAUUGGAACAUCUUCGAUCCAACUGCGGUCAGCCCGGUGAAAGUUUUUGACAGAAACCAGAACCUGUCUGGGUGCCAGAUCAUUAACUACCGCGUCAGCGAGGAUGAGAAGUGGAUGGUAGUGGUUGGCAUUUCGCAGCAGCAGGGACGCGUCGUUGGCGCGAUGCAGCUGUAUUCCAAGGACAGAGGCAUCAGCCAGGCCAUUGAGGGUCACGCUGCAGCGUUCGGUACCCUGCGACUAGAAGAUGCGCCAGCAGACACAAAAUUGUUCACAUUCGCGAACCGUUCAGCAACCGGCGCUAAGCUGCACAUUGUCGAGGUGGACCACCAGGCACCGAAUCCGGUCUUCACGAAGCGCGCCGUCGACAUUUACUUCCCAGCAGAGGCCACCAAUGAUUUCCCAGUUGCGAUGCAAGUAUCGUCCAAGUACAAAGUCAUCUACUUAGUGACCAAAUACGGCUUCAUCCACCUUUUCGAUCUCGAGACUGGUACCACGAUCUUUAUGAACCGCAUUUCGAGCGACACCAUCUUCACAACAGCAGGCGACGAAGGUGGAUAUGGAAUUGUCGGUGUGAACAGAAAGGGUCAAGUGCUCUCAGUGAGCGUGGACGAGUCCACCAUAAUAGAAUACCUUUUGCAGAACCCGGAAAAUGCCGAGCUUGCUUACAAGCUGGCGUCAAGAGCUGGACUUCCAGGCGCCGAUCAGCUAUAUCAGCAGCGAUUCGACCAGCUGCUGAACAUGGGCGACUAUCAGGCUGCUGCUAAGACUGCCGCAAACUCGCCGCAAGGCUUCCUCCGAACACCACAGACAAUUGAGCGUUUCAAGAAUGUGCCUCAACAACAAGGACAACUUUCUGUCAUUCUGCAGUAUUUCGGUAUGCUGUUGGACAAGGGAAAGCUCAAUCAGCACGAGACCCUUGAGCUGGCGCGACCAGUCCUGCAGCAGAGCCGUAAGCACUUGCUGGAGAAAUGGAUGAAGGAGGGUAAGCUAGGCUGCUCUGAGCAGCUUGGUGAUCUUGUUCGCCUCCAUGAUGUUGCUCUUGCGCAGCAGAUUUACCAGGAAGCCGGCGCUUCUCAAAAGGUCAUUGCAGCCAUGGCUGAGUCGGGUAACUUUGACCAGAUUUUGCCUUAUUCUCGCCAGGCUGGCUAUACGCCUGACUUCAAUGCUCUGAUUCAGCAUGUCACACGGGCAAACCCGGAGAAGGGAGCCGAGUUUGCUACCAGCAUUGCUCGUGAAGACCCCAGUCUGAUCGAUAUUGACCGAACAGUAGACAUAUUCCAGGCACAGGGCAUGGUCCAGCAAGCAACGGCCUUCUUGCUUGAUGUGCUCUCGAACAAUCAGCCUGAGCAAGGCCAUCUUCAGACGCGGCUUCUCGAGAUGAACCUUCAGAAUGCGCCACAAGUCGCUGACGCUAUUCUUGGAAACGAGAUGUUCUCGCACUACGACAAGGCUCGUGUGGCCGCGCUUUGUGAACAGGCUGGUCUUUUGACGAGAGCUCUGGAGCACUACGAGGACCCUGCCUCCAUCAAGCGCUGCAUCGUUCAAAGUGACAAACUGCCAGAGGAAUUCUUAAUCAACUACUUUGGACGCCUCACUGUUGAUUUGGCCAUGGAAUGCAUGGACGAGAUGCUGAAAGUCAACAUUCGCCAGAAUCUGCAAGCAGUCAUCAACAUUGCCAAGAAGUACAGCGACCUUUUCGGCCCAACUCGUAUCAUCGCUCUCCUCGAGAAGUACCGUACGGCUGAAGGUCUGUACUUCUACCUUGGUGGUAUCGUCAACCUGGCCGAAGACAAAGAAGUCACCUUCAAGUAUAUCGAGGCUGCUACCACGAUGGGCCAGCUCCAAGAAGUCGAGCGUGUCUGUCGUGAAUCAAACGCGUAUGACCCGGAGAAGGUCAAGAACUUCUUGAAAGAGGCUCAGCUUACCGAACAGCUCCCUCUCAUCAUCGUCUGCGAUCGAUUCAACUUUGUUCAUGAUCUGGUGCUCUACCUCUACAAGAACCAACAGUUUAAGUCCAUCGAGGUCUAUGUACAACGUGUCAACCCAGCACGAACUCCUGGCGUCAUCGGCGGACUUCUCGAUGUUGACUGUGACGAGAACAUCAUCAAGGGCCUCCUGAACUCCGUCGAAGCUUCCAGCAUCCCCGUUGAGGAGCUUGUCAGCGAAGUCGAGUCUCGUAACCGUCUUAAGCUGUUGCUGCCAUUCCUGGAGCAGAGCUUGGCCGCAGGCAACCAGCAGCAGGCCGUCUACAAUGCCCUGGCCAAGAUCUACAUAGACAGCAAUAACGAUCCUGAAGCAUUCUUGAAGAACAACAACCAGUAUGACACUCUGGUAGUCGGAAAGUAUUGCGAGAAGCGCGACCCCAAUUUGGCAUUUAUCGCAUAUCAGAAGGGUCAAAAUGACUUGGAGCUCAUUGCGAUUACGAACGAGAACUCAAUGUUCCGAGCUCAAGCACGGUACCUUCUCGAGCGCGCAGACUCCGAAAUUUGGGAGUAUGUGCUCUCUGACAACAACAUCCACCGACGAUCGCUCGUGGACCAGGUCAUCUCGGUCGCUGUGCCCGAAUCCACCGACCCAGAGCGUGUCAGCAUUGCUGUCAAGGCAUUCAUUGAUGCCGACAUGCCAGUUGAGCUUAUUGAGCUGCUGGAGAAGAUUAUCCUCGAGCCAACAACUUUCUCAGACAACGCUAACCUGCAGAACCUGCUCAUGCUUACUGCUGCCAAAUCCGAUCGUGGUCGUGUCGCCAACUACAUCCAGCAGCUUGAUGCCUACAGUCCUGACGACAUUGCUCAGCAGUGUAUCGAGGUUGGCAUGUACGAGGAGGCAUUCCUCAUACACAAGAAGGCAAACAACCAUGCUGAGGCCGCCAACGUCUUGGUUGAUCACGUCGUAAGCAUAGAUCGUGCUCAGGAGUAUGCCGAUCAGGUCGACCUUCCAGAAGUCUGGAGCAAGGUCGGUAAGGCUCAGCUCGACGGUCUUCGCGUUUCGGACGCUGUGGAGUCGUACAUUCGUGCACAGGAUCCGUCGAACUACCAGGAGGUCAUCGAGAUUGCGACCCACGCCGGCAAGGACGAGGAUCUUGUCAAGUACCUGCGCAUGGCUCGCAAGACUCUUCGCGAGCCACCUAUUGACACUGCCCUUGCCUUCUCUUUUGCACGACUGAACGACCUUCCCGCCCUUGAAGAGUUCCUCCGAUCGUCGAACGUGGCAAAUAUCGAGGAGUCUGGUGACAAGGCAUAUGCCGAGGGCUACCACGAGGCUGCUAAGAUAUUCUUCACUUCGAUUUCGAAUUGGGGCAAGCUUGCCACAGCUCUCGUCCAUCUGGAAGACUACCAAGCAGCUGUCGAAUGUGCGCGCAAGGCCAACAGUGUCAAGGUGUGGAAGCAGGUCAACGAGGCUUGCGUGGCGAAGAAGGAGUUCCGCUUGGCACAGAUCUGUGGCCUCAACUUGAUCGUUCACGCAGAAGAGCUCACGGAUCUUGUCCGACAGUACGAGCGCAAUGGGUACUUUGAUGAGCUGAUCGCCCUGCUUGAAGCUGGUCUCGGUCUCGAACGUGCGCACAUGGGAAUGUUCACUGCCUUGGGUGUUGCCCUCAGCAAGUACCAUCCAGAGCGUGUCAUGGAGCACCUGCGCAUCUUCUGGGGAAGAGUUCAUAUUCCUCGUUUGAUUACUGCUGUUGAGGAAGCACACCUCUGGCCAGAACUCGUCUUCCUCUACACCCACUACGAUGAAUUUGACAAUGCUUGUCUGGCCAUGAUGGAGCGCGCAGCAGAUGCCUGGGAGCACCACUCCUUCAAAGAGACGAUCGUCAAGGUGGCCAAUCUCGAGAUCUACUACCGUGCCCUCAACUUUUACCUCCAAGAGCAGCCGCCUCUCAUCACGGACCUUCUGCAAGCACUGACGCCACGGAUCGACGUCAACCGCGUUGUUCGCAUGUUCGAGAAGUCGGACAAUAUUCCUCUCAUCAAGCCAUUCCUGCUCAAUGUGCAACCGCAGAACAAGCGUGCCGUAAAUGAUGCCAUCAACGACCUGCUCAUCGAAGAGGAGGACUACAAGCAGUUGCGCGACAGUGUCGAGAACUUUGACAACUACGAAGCCGUCGCCCUCGCUCAGCGAUUGGAGAAGCACGACCUUGUUUUCUUCCGACAAAUUGCUGCCAACAUCUACCGCAAGAACAAGAGAUGGGACAAAUCCAUCUCCCUCUCCAAGCAGGACAAACUGUACAAGGACGCCAUCGAGACUGCAGCAGCAUCCGCCAAGACUGAGGUGGUGGAGGAACUCCUGCGAUACUUCGUCGACAUUGGCAGCAAAGAGUGUUACGUCGGCAUGCUCUACUCAUGCUACGAGCUCAUUCCACUGCACACUAUCAUGGAAAUCUCAUGGCGGCACGGCCUCACUGACUUUACGAUGCCAUUCAUGAUCAACUACCUCUCACAACAAGCCAGCACGAUAGCAGAACUGAAGCGCGACAAUGACGAGCGCAAGGAGAGAGAGAAGGCCAACGCGCCCAAGGAAGACACUGGACCAAUCCUUGGUCAGUCGAGACUCAUGCUCACGCAAGGGCCGAUUGCAAAUGGACAGCCCAACGGCGGUUAUAGAGGAUUCUAAGUUUGAUCAAUGGUAUACCCGCAAAUGGUGACUCUCUGCGUGUAGUCUGAAAGACCCAAGGCCACGAAGGGUUCGUUGACCGGGGUUUUCUAAUGGACUGCAUGCUGGCGAGAAGUGUGAGUGCGCAGGGCUUCUACAGAGAAGAGGCAAAAAAGAGUUUUUGGCUUGGCUGCUGUACAUUAGAGAACUACUAGUACUUUGAAGAUGCGAAGUUCUGUAUCCUACAUUGUGCAAAACUGCUCGCAUCUUGAAAUAUGUGA